CGCGCGAAAAAAAAGGUUGCAUUACCGAGCAGAAAUUACCGCCUGGCACAUCAGUAGCAUUAGUCCAGUAGAGUUCAUUGUAUAAUAAUAUGAGUGAAUUAGAUAGAGUAUUACUAACGUAUAUCCGUGGGGAGAGGUAUAUACUGCAGUCGCGGUUAGUGACUGCGUAUGAAGCCAUUAGUGAUAAGUUGAAUGGAGAAGGUGAAAUCAAACUGCCCAUUGACGAAGUGGAAAAACAUAUAUCAGCCAUAAAUUCCAAGAUUGCUGAUCAUGGAUUCAAAAUAGAGAGAAGAAACAAUGAGAUAACUGGGGAGUUAACAUAUGUAUUUAUUAAUACGUCAGCUGAUGAAACUAUAAAAGUGGCUACGAAUUAUUCUGCACCAGAACUUGAUGCCAUUAAGACAAUUAUAGAUGAUAUAAUAGAUGCUGUCGAUUACGCGUUUUCUAUAGGUAGAGUUACUUGUCAUCAGGUAGUAGCAGCUAAAUUAAAUAAGACACUAAGUGAAUCAGCUUCAUUUGUGGAUAGGUUGAUAGAUGAUGGGUGGUUUAUAUGUACGACCAAUGAUAGAAUAGCCCUAUCAAUUAAGACGGUGGUAGAAUUGAAAUCAUACCUUAUUACACGUCAUGGAUCCAGUAAGGAUAGUCCUUCACCGGGGAAAAUCCUUUUGUGUGAACAAUGUAACCAAAUCCUUACUGCUGGAUAUAUGGAUAAACGAGAGACUCCUAUAUAUUUACAUUAUAAAUGUUUUGACGUAUAUAGGAGAACUAAAGAGACGGGAGAAACUUUGAUAGAGGUAGGAAUAGAUCCAGAAACUGUAUAGUAAUAGACAUUUAAUUUGUUAGAGACACAAA